AUGCUGGCUGAGGAAGGGGAGGCCUGGGACCUGUACAGAGUGGUGUGUGGGGAGUUCCCAUUGGAUGAGGAGAUUGAUGGCUAUGACGGGUUUGUGAUAUCUGGCAGCAGCAGAGAUGCCCAUGGCAAUGAUGCUUGGAUCUGCAGGCUCUUGGCCCUCCUGAAGAAAUUGGAUGACAUGAAGAAGAAGGUCCUGGGCAUUUGCUUUGGCCACCAGAUUUUGAGCCGUGCGUUGGGAGGAAAAUCCGGCAGGGCCAUCACCGGGGGGGACAUAGGAAUCCGGACCGUCCACUUGUCAGAAUCUUCCAAGGCUUUCUCAUCUCUCAAAAUUCCAGCUCUUCUCUCCAUAUAUGAAGUCCAUCGAGAUGAGGUGUGGGAGCUUCCUCCUAAGGCUGAGUUGAUUGCAUGGUCGGAGAAGACUGGGGUGGAGAUGUUCAAGUAUGGAGAUCACAUGAUGGGCAUCCAAGGCCACCCUGAGUUCACCAAGGACAUCCUUCUCAACCUUAUUGAUCGUCUUGUGAAACUCGAAUCCAUCGUGGACACUGAAGCUGAGGAGUUGAAGGCCAAGCUGGAGGCGAGUGAGCCAGACCAAGAGGCAUGGAAGGGUAUCUGCAGAAGCUUUCUCAAGGGUGAAUUAUGA